AUGACUCCAUCUACCACCGUGACUUCUACUACUUUCUCCCUUACCCCACCUAUCACUAGCAUAUCGACUGCAACUUCUGGAACCACAGCAAGCACAUCCGCAAGUGGUUUACCUCCGCUAUUUUCGACUAUGCCGUUCAAUCGAGUUACGUUACCGGAUUUUUUACAUUCAAACCCUUCACUGUGGUUCACAUUAGCGGAUCGACAAUUUCGUACCCAUAAAGUUACCGACCCAGACGAAAUUUUAGGAAUCCUGUGUACUAAAUUACCACCGGACGUUGUAGCUCGAGCCUGCGAUAUUUUACAAUCGAAUGAGAGUGCUGACAGUACCCUUGCCAAAUUGAAAGCUCGCAUCAUAUCGCUAUACAAUGUGUCUGAUGAAGAAAAAUUAGACGAACUCCUAAAAAACGUUUCUUUAGGAACCAAAAAACCUUCAGUUCUGUUAACUGAAAUGCGUUUGCUCGCAGGACAGUGCCCUAACGAAGAUUUAUUAAAAAGGCUAUGGCUACGCCGAUUACCACCACGUAUGCAAGAACAUCUCUCGAUUCAUAAAGUACCAUUAGACAGCUUAGCAGUUAUGGCAGACUCGUUACACGCUGUUAUGCUACCUAGUAUUGGUUCGAUAGCCAGUCUUACUCCACAACCCGAACCUUCACCACAACCUAAUGCUCCACCUCAACUCUCGUCAUUCGAACAAAUGCUCAGUAAAAAAAUCGAAGAAUUGACUGCCCAAGUCGCUGCUCUCACCGCGCACACCGCUCAAAUUUCUGCCGUGACCAUCCAAAAUCAACGCCAGUCCAGAGGACGAGAUCGUGAUCGUUCUGAGGAUAGGCCUAGAAAUCGAAGUAGAUCUCGCUCUCGUACUUACGCAUACUGUUGGUAUCACUACAAAUUCGGUGCAGACGCCACCAAAUGCACCCAGCCGUGCAAAUUCGUUCCGCUGGUUCCACCAACUAAUCAGGAAAACUAA